CUAUAAAUGGCAUCAUCCUGAGGCGUGUGCCCUCCACACUUCUCCAUAUCCAUUUUCUUUCUUUCAUCCUUCCCAAACCCUCAACUAUAUAUUCCUUCAUUUCCUGCAAACCCUUUCCAGCAAAAACUAUAAUUUUCAUCCCACAAGAAGAAAAACCAAAUCUUGAUUGCCUAUACUUUUAAUUUAAUAUAUAGAUUUUGGGUGGUUUAAUUUGGAUCAUGGAAAUGGCCAAGAAACAAAACAACCUUAAUGAGAUUAAUAAGCAAUUAGAGUUAGCAGAAGUCGUUGAUGUCGAAAGACAACAGCUUGAGGUCGUUGAGGUGGCCGUCGUCGAUUACUCCAAGAGGGCACAGUGGCUGAGAGCCGCCGUGCUGGGGGCGAACGAUGGGCUGCUCUCCGUCGCGUCGCUCAUGAUGGGCGUCGGGGCGUUCGGAUCGGACGUCAAGAUCAUGAUGCUCACCGGAAUCGCCGGGCUGGUGGCCGGCGCGUGCAGCAUGGCGCUCGGAGAGUACGUGUCGGUGUACGCUCAGUACGACAUAGAGGUGGCGCAGAUGAAGAGGGAACGCGGUGGCGGCGGUGAUGGCCGCCGGAAAAGCGAGGAGGAGGAGAAGAAGAGCCAGCUGCCUAGUCCGAUGAAGGCGGCAGUGGCGUCGGCCUUGGCUUUUGCGGUGGGAGCGGCGGUGCCUCUGGUGGCGGCGGCGUUCAUACAGAACUAUAAAGUGAGGCUGGCGGCGGUGGUGGCGGCGUCCGGUGUGGCGUUGAUAGUUUUUGGUGGGUUGGGUGCUUAUCUUGGGAAGGCACCUCUUGUCAAAUCUUCUUUAAGGGUUUUGAUUGGAGGGUUAGUGGCCAUGGGAAUCACUUUUGGACUGUCUAAACUAGUUGGUUCGCAAUUUUAGAACUAUAAGUUAUAAGUUAUAAGAUAAGAUAUUAAUUACUUUAAUUUGGUCUUACCUAUUUUAUAUAAUUAUUAGCUAGAAACUAAAUCAUAUCUUAUAUCCACGGCUGGAAAUCAGCAAUUUUCCGACCACCAGAGAGUACCUUAGCUUUAAUUUCCGUGUAUGCUUCAGUUCAUGUCUUUGGUGUGGCUUUUGUACUGUCGUGUAGUCUUCUGAUCUUGGUUGCAUAUUUGUCCUGCAAGUAAGAGAUAUGCACUAACUAUGAAUGAAAUGUAAGUUUGGUUAUU